AGACCUAAUUUAAAAUUUUUUGGGAAUGAUGCUGAGAAACUCUGGCUGUUAUCAUACCGACAUGAGCAUAAUUGAAAACAUUUGACCGAGCGCCACCACCCUCCGAUGCCAGCAGUUUCACUGGGGACAGCCGAGCAUUACCGGGAACUACCGAAAUGGCAACCGAAAGUCCCGUUUAUUGUGUGUACUUCCUGGUCCAAUUAUAAUACUCCCUAUAUGCCUCCGUGAAACGCAGCGCUUUGCGUCCGAACGACGGAUGGGAGCGCAGAAACAACGGAUGUGGCCUCAGUGUUAUUAUUGAUGUGUCCAGACAUCCGCAGCAGACUGUGCAGCCUGAUCGUGGCCGAUUUUGGACGUGCGAGCGACGCAACUCCUGCUCGAAAUACAAUUUUUCUUUUGUCUGCGCAACUGGGAGCAACAUUUGUGAUGUGUGAUAAGGGGUUGAGAAGUAAACACUCAGGCCUGCGCUCAUGAUCAGAGGCGAGGUGAGAUUGAUACCUCGGACUCAGAUUGCCCUUGAUUGCAAGUUGAUUUCACUCCGGAGCGGAGGAACUGUCUGCUCCAAUGGCGUCAGUUUCCAAGGUCUCUAUUCUGGAUUACUUUAACAUUGUGUUCGAAGGGGAAAAUGGAAAAAUCGAGUCCAACUGUAAGGCUUGUGGCACCAGGAUCCAGGCGAAACGGAGCGUCACGUCCAACUUCGUAACGCACCUUAAGCGUAAGCACCAGGCUAUGUAUGAUGACUUUGUCAAAAGGAAGGAUAUGAAGAGAGAGGGCUACUCCUCUGCUUCCCUGCACAGUUUCAACGCCAAUGGAGGGAAUACCCGCUACACACUCCCUAUUAGUGCUGGAGUGGGAGGAGGAGGUGGAGGAGUAGCAAGUGGAGUUGUUGGAGGAAUGGGAACUCUUGAGGGAGGAGUAGGAGGAGGCUCUGGAGGAGGGGUGACCAAAUUUGACAGACAUGAUCCACGUCAGGUUCUGAUUUCUGAGGCUAUAGCUAAGAUGAUUGUGCGUGAUCUCCAGCCAGUGUCCAUAGUGGAAAAUCAAGGCUUCAGAGAGUUGCUUCAGCUCCUGGAGCCACGUUACACCCCUGAGCCCCAGCAUUACAUCCAAAGCCAACUUCUUCCAGCCUACGCCUACCAGGCCCAGCUGGCCACCCGUCAGGCCUUGGCCUCAGCACACGCCCUUAGCCUCAGCCUGGAUCUCUGGAGAGGAUUAUCUGGAGCCACUUCAGGGUAUCUUGGUGUCACCUGCCAUUUUCUUACAUCUGAGUGGCAAAUGCGGUCAGCUCUCCUGGCGUGCCUUCCACUGACUGGUGGCAGCUCUGGGAAUCGCAUACUUUCCGAAUUUGAUGAAGUAUGUCACUCUCAUGGCGUGUCAGGCAGAGCAUUUCGUGUUGUGGCAGACCCUCUCCUGCCGACGAGAACAAGCGGAAAGCCAUGCUGCCUUCCCGGUUUUCUGCUUUCACCUCCUCUCGGUAACGACCAAGAUGGAAAUGAUGAAGAAGAGGUGGACAGUAGUAACGAUGUGGAGCAAGGGAUCAGGAAUGGCCACGGCGACGCUGGAGAAGAAGGAGAAUGGGAAUACACAUGGGAGCAGGGUUUGGGCGUUUCUCGGGUGGACUGUUUCUCUCGCUCUCUUGAACAGUGUGUCAGGGAAGGGCUGCGCUCCUGUCCACAGCUCUCGUCCACACUAGCAAAGGCAGCCUGUUUCUACAACUACAUUACCUCUGCCGUCCCACCUGAGAAGCUCAGCCAAGUGUUCGAUGGUCCAGGGUUGAUGAUGGGGGGACAAGGAAAUUUCCCAGAGGCAGCACAAGACUGGGCUGCUCAGCUUAAGGUCCUUCGGCGGCUGCUGGACUCUGUGGAUUUCCUGGAGGAGAUGAGUGGUCCAGGGGAACUGGGGCUGGGUGGUACAGAGAGAACCCUGCUGAGGGAGUUCACGGACACUCUGGAGCCCUUCACUGAGGCCUGGGAUAUGGUGCACGGAGACAGACAAGCAGACGCACAGACAGACAGACAUGUGUCUAUCAGUCUCGCUCUGCCUUGUGUUCUCGGCCUCCGCAAGCAUCUCUCCGAGACGUCCACCCCCCACUGCCCCUCCCUGGUUGUGAGCCUUAGCCAGGCUGUAGAGCGUCUUCUUGCGCCUAUCCUGGAGAACCCACUCUACAUCACUGCCACCACCCUGGACCCCCAGUUCAAACUUACUUGGAGCAGUAACCCUGACUGGCACAGACAAGUUAUCAUAGAAGAGGUAUCCAAACACUCCACAGCCUCCAGCCCCGUAAAUCUCAACACAGACCUUCAUCCACAGUCCCACACUCCUCCUGCCCCAGCUCCAUCACCGAUCUCCUCACUUUCUCGGCCCUGCAAGUUGUUCUCUUUCAUCAAGCAGAGGCCUACAACACAGGCCAAGAGCCUAGAACAGGAAUUGGCUAUCUACCUACGUGAGGAACCCACAGACGAGGAGGCUUUGCACUACUGGCGACGUAAAGCUAUUGACUUCCCUCUGCUUGCCCAGGUGGCCAAGAGAGCUUUUACCAUACCUGUUUGUGGUACUGUGGUGGAGAGCAUUUUCACUACAGCUGGACGCUUUCUGCUGCCAGAGAGAGGCUGUGUCUUACCAAAGAACCUGGAGACGCUCAUCUACCUCAAAGCCAACUACAGAUUAUUAUGGACUUAGAGCUCUUUCUUUACACUUGCAGUAAAGUAACUUCUUGGAUUCUAACCUCUAUACCCUUCUAAGGAAACUGAGCUAGCACGAUAACAUAAUCCUCAUACUGCACACGAUUUCAUAUCAGAUAGAAUGAAUCACCAAGAAGAAUUUCAGAGCUGCAACUCAUUUUAAUCCUCAAGAUCGGUUUUCCCAGCUACAGUGGGCGUGGAUGGCUGUCUGCUUCCCCUCGUAGCCUACAGACUAUCGUACCACAUGCUGUGGACUGAGUUUGCUGGAAGCAGAUCAAUACUAAAGCAUUUACUUUGACAUUAUUUUGCCUGAUCAGGGUCUCCAGACAACCACAGAUCUCCCUCUUUCUCAUGUAUCCAUCAGUCAACACUGACAAACCAACAAUAACCAGCUAGUCAAGUUUUGCACACUGUAGCAACUCAUGUUUUUUUAGCCUUAGGUUGUGAUUCAUUAUUUCGAUGCUAUUUUUAAAGGAAGACAUCAACUGCUCAACAGUAUGUUAAUGCGCCGUUCAAUCUUUGUUUUAACUAUGUGUGUGUGUGUAUGUGUGCCUCAUCACUGGGAGAUGAUAAUAAAUUAGUUUCACUUACUUUAACGCUGCGGGUGUGUGCAGUUUACAGAUGUCAGUGAAU